UUUGGCCUCUAGGCGGCGCGCUUUCUUUCGACAUUUUCUUUGUUUUUUUCCAUCUCUCGCCCGCUCUCCGCGAGCUCUAUUAAACGGUGGCUGACUAUAUUUUUAAAACAUUUUUAUGAUGGCGGAGGACAGUGAAUCCGCGGCCAGUCAGCAGAGCCUGGAAUUGGACGACCAGGACACCUGCGGGAUAGACGGAGACAACGAGGAGGAGAAUGAGCAUAUGCAAGGCAGUCCUGGGGGAGAGUUGGGGGCCAAGAGGAAGAAGAAGAAGCAGAAGAGGAAGAAAGAGAAGCCAAGCUCGGGGGGAGCCAAGUCUGACUCUGCCUCGGACUCUCAGGAGAUCAAGAACCCUGGCCUACCCAUCCAGAAGCUGCAGGACAUCCAAAGAGCUAUGGAGCUGCUGUCCUGCCAGGGUCCAGCAAAGAGUAUAGAUGAUGCAGCCAAGCACAAGUACCAGUUCUGGGAUACUCAGCCUGUCCCAAAGUUAAAUGAAGUUGUGACGAGUCAUGGGCCAAUUGAAGCUGACAAAGAGAACAUCAGACAGGAGCCAUAUUCUUUACCUCAAGGCUUUAUGUGGGACACUCUGGAUCUCAGUAAUGCAGAUGUACUGAAGGAGUUGUACACGUUGUUAAAUGAAAACUAUGUGGAGGAUGAUGAUAACAUGUUCAGAUUUGAUUAUUCUCCAAGCUUUCUUAAAUGGGCUCUACGUCCACCAGGCUGGUUACCGCAGUGGCAUUGCGGAGUGAGAGUGUCCUCGAAUAAGAAGCUUGUUGGCUUCAUCAGUGCCAUCCCUGCAGAUAUACGCGUCUAUGACACGCUGAAGAGGAUGGUAGAAAUCAACUUCCUGUGUGUUCAUAAGAAGCUGCGUUCAAAGCGUGUUGCUCCUGUGCUAAUCAGAGAGAUAACAAGGAGAGUGAACUUAGAAGGAAUAUUUCAGGCCGUAUACACAGCUGGAGUCGUGCUGCCUAAACCUGUGUCUACAUGCAGGUACUGGCACCGCUCUUUGAACCCUAGAAAGCUUGUGGAAGUUAAAUUUUCCCAUCUGAGCAGAAACAUGACCCUGCAAAGAACCAUGAAACUCUACAGACUACCAGAUAGCACCAAGACUCCAGGUCUGCGGCCAAUGGAGAGGCGCGAUGUCGGCCAGGUUACUGAACUGCUGCAGAAAUACUUGAGACGUUUCCAACUCGCACCUUCUAUGGGAGAGGAGGAGGUGGCUCACUGGUUCUUACCACAGGAGAACAUAAUUGACACAUUUGUAGUAGAGGGUGCUGGUGGCGUACUGACAGAUUUCACUAGUUUCUACACUUUGCCCUCAACUGUGAUGCAUCACCCUCUCCACAGGAGCCUGAAGGCUGCUUACUCUUUUUACAACGUUCAUACACAAACCCCACUACUGGACUUAAUGAAUGAUGCACUGAUCCUGGCCAAACUGAAAGGUUUUGAUGUGUUCAACGCCUUGGACCUAAUGGAGAAUAAGAUGUUUCUGGAGAAGCUCAAGUUUGGGAUAGGCGAUGGAAAUCUGCAGUAUUACCUCUACAACUGGAAAUGUCCCCCUAUGGACCCUGAUAAGGUUGGCCUCGUCCUUCAGUAGCAGCUCUCUUCGCGGCAGCUGCAGAAACUCUGGAGGUUCUCAGCGACCUCUGGAUUAUUCCUUACCUGGACACACAGGUGGCCCGAGCUAGACAAUGAGAACUACGACAGUAAAUCCAACCUGGUGACCGGGCGGAGGUUUCACUCGGCACUUGUAUCAUCGAGAACAUUCUCAGUUCACCCGGAGGUGAAAACUCUUAAAUCCAUCAACAUCCUGAAUGUGAAGUCAUGCUAUGCCUGAGAUACUCAUACAACACAACGCUCCUGACAUGCGCGCUCACAUUUAAAACACACCAGUCUGACACUCGAGGAUGCCUUGACUUUGUGAAUUCUGUUUUAGUUCUUCUUUCUCAGUAGACAAUAAUGGACUGGCAUGUCAUUUAACUUCACUUACAUGGGAACUAUGUAAAUGAUAAUCAACAAGCAAGCAAGACCUGACAUAAUUAACAACCGCUGUAAUUUUAUUUAUCCUGUCCGGUUUUCCUGUUCCCCCGCUCCAGCUGCACUUAUUAUUGUUCCUGUUUCAUAUCAGUGUGGUCAGUCAAGUGUCUCUGCUGGCUGUUUUGGGUCUCAGUAGAAUUAGAAACGCUGAUCUUAACUUUUAAAGGACAAACUACAAACACUGGGAGGACAAAGAAGGGGGGGGGGGGGGGUCAUCUAAGGAUUCAUCCCACUGGUACACUGAUAUGUGUUUUUGUUAAAGAACAGUUAACUGUACAUUUAAAGGCAGAUAAUAUUUAUUCGUAUAUUGUGAAUUUGGGGGUUUUGGGAGGGCUGAUCCAAAGUAUUCUCCUCAUGAGUCUUUGAGUUUGUUCAACAUGUUAUUGUUUUUUUUGUUUUUUUUUAAAUGAAGAAUGUAUUGCAGAGAUGAAGCACAAUUUUUGAGUUCUUAAACAUAAAAAAAGGGGGGGGGGGGAGGGGUUUCAAAGUGGAUGGAUUGCAGUAGACUCUGUACAGCCGUGGUUUUUACACAGGAUGAGAGCUGUUUUCACGUUCUAAAGCUGUUUCUAGAGCUGGUAUUUUUAAUACAUUAAAACAACACGUGUGGUUAUACACUCUUUGUAGUAACAAACCCAGUGUAGGGUUGUUUGCAUGUCAGUGGUGUGCUGUCCAGUUAGUAAAGCUGUUCAAUUAGAAGUAAUAGGAGCUGGCCUGGUCAGUGCAAAAGCAGGGCAGUGGAAAUGACACCAGUGAAGGCAGGAAAAAGUCCGUUUGAUUUCGAUUUUAUACAAAAAAAAAAAAAAGUUUGUGUUUAGAGGCAGGUUUAUAAUGUUAAAAAAAGAGGGUUAUUUACUUUGAAAGGACUCUCAGUUCAACAGUGUUUAAAGCAAACAAAGCACAUCUUUGGUUUAGUCACUGCCACUCACAAAGCAGCAGAUAAACUGCUUCUGUAAAGCAGCUACUUGUUCAGAAGUAACACAACUGUGCUUCUUAAACAAAGGAAUCAUUUAAGGGUGGGUGCAGUGACUGAGUAAACAAAAGCCUGCAGAAGUAACGACAUCAGCUUGAAAUGUGUCUUCUCCUCCAGAUCCAUUUUGAUUGGCUUCUCUGGAUUUAUUUUUUUAAAGGUACUGUAUUUUGUGUAUUUUUUUUUUUUUAAAGUGUGUUGUGCAGCUAAAUGCGUGAUAUUUAUGACUGUACCUUUUUUGAAAUGUCUUACAUCAUUUCUUUCCUUCUUUUCAGUAUUUAAAAAAAAACCUCAGAUUUCUGUGCUUAAGUGAGCAGGAUGAGGAUCUUUGAUAAAACAGUUUUAUUUUUUCCGUCUGCGGUGGAGCUGCUGGUUUAUGUUCUAGUUCCUUAAUGUUCACGUGGCUCUGCAUAACUUGUGAGGUAAAGAGGCUGCUUGGUUUUUUUUUUUGUUUUUGUUUUUUUAUAUAUAUAUUGUUAAUAUUUUCUGUAAUUUUCUAAUCAUCCCUUUAUAGAUAAGCCAGAAGAGGAUAAAGAUUUGUCCUGUCAGUGCUUCAGGGCUCAAAGAUUUUUUAAUCAUUCAAUGGUUGAAUGAAUUACCUUUUACAAACGUGUUCCUGGCAUUAAUUUAACUGAAAAUGAGUCACUGAGUCAAUGGUGUGUGCCUCAUGGAUGAUGUUGUGUCACAGAUGUGUUGCUUGCAGCUGUCUGAAUGAAUUCUGAGCAUGUCUGUUUUGCUGCUGUGUUGAUUUUUAGCAUCGAUGUUACUAGCCGCGCCCUUUAGCGAGGACUCAGCCAGAAGUUACCUGCCUUAUUGAAAGGAUUUUUUUUGUGUUUGUUUUUAAAGAUUUAGAGGUGGGGUGAGGGAGGGUGUACUUUUGAAAUGCCAUAAAGCUUUCUCUAACUGAAGAACAAUAUUUUUAUUCAGUUCCAUUGUAAGCUGUGAAAAAGCUGAAGAACUUGUACCAGCAUCAUUUAAACAUGACCCCAUGGAAAUAACAAUCUGUUUCAACACAUGUCAGCUAGACCAGCAUGGAUAUUUGAUUGAAUAAACUCACUUUAA